GUGGAUGUUACACUUGUGAGUAAAUGUGAUUAUUUUAUUUACCCAUUCUUUUUAUACAAUUGUCGUGGGCCAUACAAAUCUGUGUAAGUUAUCACGACGGGUAAGUUCAAACCACAGUACUACCUCCCUGUCCGCCAUUUCUACGUGGAUGUACGGCGCGGAAUUUUAUUUUUUUGGUCCUAUCAGAGGCGUCUUAAGAGUUUCGACUAACCAAUGGCACCGGAGUCAAGUAUGAGUGACAGUUACAUUAGCCAAUCGCUUGCAUCAAACACGCCUUUUUGGGGGCGCGAUCAGUUCUUUCCGGAUAUGCAUGUUCUUUUUGUUUAUUUCCACUUAGACAAGCCAAGGCAAGUUCAGACAUGGAUGCUACGCAGGUGAUCAGUGACUCAACCUUGGAGUCUGAUGAGGAAGAAAAUGAAGAGAACGGUGACAAUCCGAGGGGACGACCUGUGGCGAAGCUGUGCAUCCUCAAAAACGAGCAUAUCUCUGAGACAGAGUUGCCCCUGUUUUUGGGAGAUAAUAUGCUUGGCCGUGACCCCAACACCUGCACCCUGCCCUUGUCAGCAGCCUCUGUGUCCAAGCAGCAUGCGAUCAUCUGCAUCUCAGUCUACAGGGGAAGAGGUCGUCACGCUGAAGAUGAGAUGGAGGCUUUGCUUUGGGACCUCGGGAGCACCAAUGGGACCCGUAAGGGCCACCUAAAGCUGACUCCUAAUGUACGCUAUGCCCUCAGUGGAGGUGACAGUUUGGUGGUGGCGGACAUCCCAUGUCAGUAUGUCAUCUGCGGCGUGGAUUCAGUAGUGUCUUCUCAAGAGGACAUGAGGACUACAGUGAGCAGAAAUCCGAGUGUGAAGGCCAGCGUGACAGAUGAUUUGAGAGUAAAGGAAGGUGACACGUGCACAGGCAGUGAAAAACGUGUUAAUGGAGGUACAAAGCCCAGGGUUUCACAAACAAAGACACCUGUCAGAGCCAGUUGCCUGUCCUUUGAGCAAACUCCAACCCACCCACAGCAGACCCUGGUCCCAGAAUCUGAGUCAGACUCAGAUGGCGAAACAGCAGGAGGAGGAGAAAGAAGACACGUGGCUCUUGUGUCUGAGUCAGACUCCCACAAGUCCAGUCCCAUUUGUUCUACAUUUGUUAGUCCUACAAAUAAAGUCAUUCCUGAAAGUGAAGAUGAAAGUCCCAUCACACCGUCAUCCUCCUCCACUAAAAAUAGACCAUGCAAACAUGUCAGCCUCAGCACUGAGGAGACAGAUGUAGAUUUGGGGCGACAGCAGCCGAAGAAAAAAGUGACACUUGAACUUGUGGAUGACAGUGAAGCAGAGGAAGAAAGGGAGGAAGAAAGAGCAGCACAGCGAGGGACAGAGUCUAAGGAAGGUGGAGAAAAUGUCACAAUGACACAGGAAAACAAUGAUUGUACAGGGGAAGAUGAAUUGCCUGUGUCUACACCAGCAGUCUUCACAGAUUGCAUUCCUGCUUUUGACAUUGACAGUGACACUGAUAUGGAGGAAGAGGAGGAAGGGGUGGCGUCUGCAGGUCCUUCAGGUUUGAAUAUAAACCAACAAGUUGAUCAGCCACCAAAUACAGUUCAGUUUCACAUGGAUAGUGACACAGACAUUGAAGAGGAUCAUGAUAUCCUCGAUAAAGUGCCCUCCUCUGAUGAGACCACCAAACCUCCUCACUGUAGUUCCGUUAUUCAGCCAGAGGACGUCGGCACAGACAGUAACACUGAUGUGGAUGAGGACGCUGAUGUUUUGGCAGAUGCAGCCAUGAAAGCAAAACCAGCAUCAUUUCAGACCGCACAGAUCGCUGACUCUGCUUCUUCAAUGCAGAUACAAGACUCCCACCUAGACAGCGGCACAGAUGUUGAUGAGGAGGAAGAAGAAGGUGAAUGUAAAACUCAAAAAACAGAUGAAACACUCAACAAAUUAGACAUGAAGGUCAUAAGGCCUGAAUCUGCCGCUGCUGCUCCUCACAGCCUGCAUGCAGACACCGAUAAUGAAACUGCUUCUUCCAUUAGUGAACCCACAGUAGCUGUUAGAGAAUCAUGCAGCAGCGCAAAUACAGGAGCUGUUUUGGAUGUUCUGUCUGACAGUGAUACCGAUGUGGAAGAUAAUCCUCCUGUGGGUGUACCGGCUGCUGUCACAGCCUGUAAAACAUCAGACGCUCUUCAGUCAGAUUUGGAUGCUGACACAGAUGUGGAUGAAUCUGGCAUGCCUCCUGCUGGGGACAGGGCCAGUCUUCCUCACCUUAGAGUGGACAGUGACAAAGACGUGGAGGAUAAGGAGGCUGGUUCUGAAGAGACGGGGGAGGACCGGAUUCCUAACCUGCACAGAGAAAAUACACCUGGGUUUCUGGUUCCACUUCUGCCGAACUGCUCUACUCCUAUACUGCUGUCAGCUGCAUCAUCUGGAGGAUUGUCUUCCUGUUCGGACAUCCAGGAAGAUGCAGACUUUGCGGUGGCUGAGACGCAGGCCUUUACACUCGAGGCAUCCGAUUAUGAAGAAGACCAGACCAGCAGCAGAGGGGAAUCUGUACAGCUGGGAUUAUCUGACAGCAGUCCCCUGCAGUGUCAGAACCAAACUCUGGCUACAGAGGCCACUCAGCCUUUUUUCUUUGUGGAAGGAGAUGUGAUUUCAGAAGAUACCAGUACACGUGCAGCAGUUUCAGCUGCAGACAGACUUCCUGCAGAGGAUGAUUUGCACUCAGAGCUUACCCAGGCCCAUGGAGAAAGUGAGGACUCUGACAGAUGUUCGGUUGCAUCUAAAAAAGAAGAAAGUCAGUCAGAUUUGGCCCUAGAAGCAACCCAAGCAUAUAUUUCAGUACUCGACAUUGAUCCAGAUGACAAUACAAACCAAGAUGAGGUACAGAACACUCCUGCUACUGAGACACCUCCCAUUGUAUCUACUUUUGCUUUUGCUGAAACACAACCAAUGUCUUUCCAUAUUGAAGAGAAUACUUUGGCAACGGACAAUUCUGCUUGCUCUGUACAGCAAGUUAACCCCCGAACACAGACUGAAACGGAAGAGAGGGAAGAACAUGGGGAGGACGCUCACCCACAGGAGAGGAACCACAGUGAAGCUCAGUAUCUCGCCGCAACUCAGCCCAUCUGUACAAGCAGCAAUGAAGAAAGCGAUGACGAUUCAUUCCCAGGUCCACGAAGAAGAAAAACAAAGCCGCUGCAGCUUUCAGAGGAACAAUCACAAUGCCUCAUUGAGAGGGAGGAAAACGGGAAGGACGCUCACCCACAGGAGAGGAACCACAGUGAAGCUCAGUAUCUGGCCGCAACUCAGCCCAUCUGUACAAGCAGCAAUGAAGACAGCGAUGACGAUUCAUUUCCAGGUCCGCGAAAAAGAAAAGCGAAGCCGCUGCAGCUUUCAGAGGAACAAACACAAUGCCUCAUUGAUUCUAAUGCUGAUGGAAGUCAGGCCACCGUUAAAAGCGAAGAUGAUGAAAGUGGCGAUAUGGACUUGAUGCCAGGUCCCAAAAAGCAGAAGACGAAGCAACAUGAAGAGGAGACACAGCCUUCCACUAGUUCUAAUGUCUCUGCUGUUGAAGCCAAGCCAGUAGUGACAAGUAAAGAACAGGACAGUGAUGGCUCAAUUCCACGUCCACAAAGAAGAACGGUAAAGCAGCGUCAUCUUAAAGCUGAAAACCAACCAGUAGCUACAUGUGGAGAUGAUGAUGCAGACUCCGCGCUGAGCCCACGAAAACGGAAAGCAAAGCAUCUUGAAGACGAGACACAGCUUGUCACUAGUAAUGAAGUCUUUGCUGAUGAUGUCUCGACUCCAGUUCUGCCAAAAAGAAAAGCUACGCUGCAUCUUGAAGAGGAGACACAGCCUCUCACAAGUUCUGAAGUCUCUGCUGUUGAAUCCCAGCCCUUACGUACAUGUACUGGUGAGCAAAGUGAUGGAGCGGACGUGAUUGCAUGCCUACAAAAAAGAAAAGCAAACUCAUUGCAACUUGAAGAUGAGAAAACACAGCCUUCCACUAGUUCUGAUGUCCCUUCUGUUGAAACCCAGCCAAUAGUGACAAGUAAAGAACAGGACGGUGAUGAUGAUGACUCACUUUCAGGUCCACAAAGCAGAACAGUAAAGCAGCUUAAUCUUACAGAAGAUGGCAAACAACAGCUCCUAAAUUCUGAACCCUCUGCUGCUGAAAACCAACCAGUAGCUACACGUGAAGGUGAUGAUGCAGAUUCAGUGCUGGGCCCACGAAAACGGAAAGCAAAGCGUUGUGAAGAUAAAACACAGCUCCUCACUAGGAAUGAAGUCUUUGCUGAUGACGACUCUACUCCAGUUCUGCCCAAAGAAAAGCUGCUUUGCAACUUGAAGAAGAGGAGAUGCAGCCAGAGAUGUCUACUGUUGAUACUCAGCCUGUAAAGAUAAAAACUGGCCUCAAGUCUCAGAAAGGAAAAGGGAUGGAAUCUACAGCAGAAACCACUAGAGCCAGUGCUAGAAAUUUAAGAACAUCAAGAUCAAGAGAAGGGGAAGAGCAGGCAGCGUGUUCUGUACCUCCAAAGAGACAGACAAGAGGUGGGAAUAAAACCUUGCAAAAUACCAAAGAUUUCAGAGGAAAAGGCAGGUCUGAUGAUGAGAACAACGGGGAAGAGGUAAAGCAGGCAAAGCAGGCCCGAGGAAAGAAAAACACGAGGCAACAGAAAGAUGGCAAUGGAGAGAAAGAAAUGGUUGGAAUGGAAGAAAAGAAACGUUCUGUAAAUAAAAGCGAACAAAAAGAAGGGAAACAACAACAAGAGAGAGAAAAAACUGAGAAGGAAGUGAAGGAGACUGAUGAAAGACAAGAGGAGACUGAAAGGCAGGACGGGAGAGAAGAAGAAGAAACAUCUGAGAAUGAAAGAAAAGUAAAUAAAGAGAAAUCUCAAGAGGAAAACGAGGAGGAGGUCAAGCCCAAAGCACCUGCACGAAGUCGAAGAUCUACCAGAGCUAUGGCUUCCCAGCACACACCACAGAAGGAACAAGACUCAACCGUAUCAACCAAUGAUGAUUUCCCAGCAAGGAGAACCAGAUCUCGCUCAAACUCCUCCAACUCAAUCAGCUCAGAGAGGUCAGUCUCAAGUCUCAAC